AAGCUUCAUACACAGAUCACAGAAAGAACAUCUCCUGCACUGCUACAUGUCCAAGCAAUACAUCUAAUGCCACAACCAUGGAGAGUGGCAUUGUGAUGUUACAAGUCCUAUUUUCCCCAAAAGAAACUCACAUCACUAUCUAUCCAUCUAAUCCGGUCUCUUUUGGUACUAAUGUGACUUUGACCUGCAAAAGUAAAGGCAGUCCAUCAAGAGAAAUGAACUACACCUGGUACAAACGUGGACAGGAGAUGCUAAUAGCUCAGGAUAGGAAGAUUACUUUUAUCCUAAAUGACAAAAAUACAGGAUUGUACUUCUGCAGAGCACAGAAUAAACACGGCAAUCAGUCAUCACCAGAGUUCCAGCUCACAGCUCAUGGACAAGAUGGACACUCUAUCCCUUUGAUUGCUGGUUGUGUGGGAGGAAUUGUGGCAGUGCUCACACUUUCUGCUAUCGGAUUUUGUACAAGUGCCAAGAAAAAGAAACAAUGGGGAGACAAUGUUGGAGAAAAUAAUUCCCUAAAUCAGGCUACAUCUACAGCAAGAGCUGAAUGCCUUUGAAGGGAUUUCCUGAAACGUCAUCAGUGAGCCUCACUUGUGGAGGGCG